AUGACGGGAUCAGAGGAAACUCAAACCACAUAUGAGGGUUCGUUCGGGGCUCAAGAAGCAGAAGUCAUCGUCAAAGAGAGCAUCGACGCCACCAUCGGAGCAGAGGACUACAACAAAAACCUAAUCAAUAAGUGGACGGCGGCCAUCUUGGAACGCAGCCUCAGCGAGCUCUGCAAACUGGGCAAGCACUACAAGUAUAUAGUGACUUGUGCAGUGACGCAGAAGACCGGAGCUGGACUACAUUCGGCAAACUCCUGUUUCUGGGACACGGCUCUGGACGGCAGCUGUACAGUGAAGUGGGAGAAUCGCACCAUGUUCUGCAUCGUCAGUGUCUUUGCUUUGUCCACGGCUUAA